AUAUAUAUAUAUACACAAUGCUCGGCCGAUCUUCGGCCUCUCUCUCCGUCACAUAAAUAUGGGAACGGGUAACAGUUUACUGUGCGCGCAACAGUGACUGUUUUCGUCGCCGGCUUCAAAGCCCUAAUUAUCGCGGUGGCGGUGGCGGUGGCGAUUAAAUCGCCGCUCAUGCGAUUUGCAGCUAGGGUUUCCAUUCCGCGUCUUCUAAUUUGGUAAUUAUGGAGAGAUCUGGAGGGAGGGAUCUCAGCGACUUCGCCGACCGUACCAGCAGCUCAAUUUCUGAUGCGGCGCUGUUUGAUGCUUCGCAAUACACUUUUUUUGGGAAAGGUGAGGUGGAUGAAGUGGAAUUGGGGGGAUUUGAAGAUGAAUAUGGCUCUGCGCCUGGAGUUGGUGGGGAAGAUGAUCUGAAUGAGUAUCAUCUGUUUGACAAAGAUGAGGGAUCAGGAUUAGGACAAUUAUCUGAUAUUGAUGAUCUGGCUACUACAUUUGCUAAGUUAAACAAAGUUGUUUCUGGACCUAGGCAUCCUGGUGUUAUUGGUGAUCGAGGAUCUGGAUCUUUCUCAAGGGAGAGCUCAUCAGCUACUGAAUGGGCACGGGAAGCAGAUUUUUCUGAUUGGGGUGACCAUCACAUGUCAGACUCGGAGUGCUAUGAGGAAAACAAGAGGUGGUCAUCACAGCCACAUAUCUCUUCAUUAUACCGCCAAGAAUCUACACCAUUAUAUAGAACAUCAUCAUACCCUGAGCAGCAGCAACCGCUGCAACACUGUUCUAGUGAGCCCAUUUUAGUCCCAAAAUCAUCUUUCACUUCUUUCCCUCCACCAGGAUCUCAACAAGCUUCACCAAAUAGUGCUCAUCAUUUUAGUUCGUCGUCUCUUUCUGGUGGACCCCAGUUGCAAAUUUCUUCUUCGAGCAACUCCUCAUUAGCUAAUUCUGCUCUUCUUUUGUCUGGCAUGCCACGUGGAUACCAUUAUAACCCAAACAUGUCACGUUUAUCCUCACCUAAUAUCUCACGUCACAACCAACUUCAAAAUCAAUGGAGCACUCAUGCUGGUGUCCUUCAUGGGGAUCAGUCUAUUCUCUUAAACAGUGUAAUGCAGCAUCAGUAUCAAAGUGGGUUAUUACCAUCACAUCUGCUGUCCCCCCAGCAGCUGAGAGGACAGCUUUCAUUCCAACCAUCAUUAGCCCAUUUUUCAGCAUUACAGUCUCAAAUAUAUAGCACUUACCCAUCUCCUUCACAGCUAAAAAAGUAUGGAUUAACAGACAAGAAAGAAGCCAAACCUAAAUCUGGAAAGAGCAGACAUUCAGUCAGAUUUUCCCAUCAAGGCUCUGAUGCCAGCAGUCAUAAGAAUGAGACUAAUUUUCCACAAAUUAGAUCUAAGUACAUGACUCCCGAGGAGAUUGAAAGCAUUCUUAAGAUGCAGCUUGCUGCUGCUACGCAUGGCAGUGAUCCAUAUAUAGAUGAUUAUUACCAUCAAGCAAGACUUGCUAAGAAGUCUGCUGAAACAAGGUCAAGGUUUCGUUUUUGCCCAUCUCACCAGAAGGAACAAUCUUCCCGUUCCCGUAACAGUUCUGAACUACAGCCACAUCUCCAUGUUGAUGCUCAUGGAAGGGUUUGUUUCUCUUCAAUUCGCAGGCCGCGUCCUCUUCUUGAAGUUGACCCUCCUCCCUCUGCUUGUGGGGAUAGUAAUGCUGAACUGAAAUCAUCUGAGAAGCCUUUGGAAGAGGAACCAAUGCUUGCUGCGAGGGUAACUAUUGAAGAUGGCUUGAGUCUUCUUCUUGAGGUCGAUGACAUUGAUCGGCUGUUACAGUUCACUCAACCCCAAGAUGGUGGGAGCCAGCUUAGGCGGAAACGCCAUGUUCUAUUAGAAGGAUUAGCUGCGUCUCUUCAGCUAGUUGAUCCCCUGGGAAAAAGUGGAAAUGCUGUUGGGCUCUCCCCCAAGGAUGAUAUAGUGUUUCUACGUAUAGUUUCCAUGUCCAAAGGCCGGAAACUUAUUUCAAAGUUUCUUCAGCUUCUCAUACCUGGUAGCGAGCUUGCUCGAAUAGUUUGCAUGGCCAUUUUCCGUCAUUUAAGAUUUUUGUUUGGUGGUCUGCCCUCUGAUGAAGAAGCAACUAUAAGCAUUAACGAUCUGGCCAAAAGAGUCUCUCUAUGUGUUAGUGGAAUGGAUCUUAAUUCACUCAGUGCUUGUCUCGCAGCAGUUGUUUGUUCCUCCGAACAGCCGCCUCUUCGUCCAGUAGGCAGCUCUGCGGGAGAUGGUGCAUCAGUCAUUUUGAAGUCUGUUUUAGAAAGAGGCACAAACUUGUUAAGAGAUCCUCAGUUUAGUGGAAACUACAGCAUCCCUAAUCCUGCCCUUUGGCAGGCUUCCUUCGAUGCCUUCUUUGGUCUCCUGACAAAAUACUGUGUGAGCAAGUAUGACAGUAUAGUGCACUCGUUAUUUGUUCAGAGUGCACCCAACACAGACGCAAUUGGUCCUGAGGCUGCAAAGGCUGUAAGUAGAGAGAUGCCUGUGGAACUUCUACGUGCUAGUCUGCCUCAUACUGAUGAGAGUCAGAAGAAAUUGUUACUGAAUUUCGCUCAGAGGUCAAUGCCCGUUACUGGAUUCAAUGCUCCUGGUGGAAACAGCGGACAGAUAAAUCCCGAAUCUGUCCGAGGCUGAAAUGGAAAGUAUCUAGAAGCUCUGAAUUGUGAAAAAACAGUGGUCUGGAAGCCACUAUCUUGGUUGGUUCUUCUUUUGAGUUCUGUUCAAAGUCUUGUUGCGGCAGAGAUUGAGACAGAGCAUGUGUAUACGUCGGGCAGAUUUUAACGCCUUAAGAUUCUACAUCUUAGUCUCUCUAAUGCCAAAGAUCCCCUCUAACCCGACACUCCACUCUGGCGGUGUCUCAUCCCUUUUAGGUCCGUGAAAGGGUUUCUUUUCUGCUUCCUUUUUAUUGUUAUACUUUCUUACCCCUUUUACACGACUGUGAGUGACUGAGUUCUAUGUCGAAAGCUCUUGUAUGCUUUUAAAUCUAAAGAGCUUUUUGUUUUGACGCAUUUUCUGUAACUCUGUUUGAAACCUUUGGACUCUUAAGGGUGAAAUGUACAGCUAAGGUAUGGCAUUGACGAUGGUGGUGUUUUCUCUCUUGUUCGUUUUGCUUCCUCCGUAGAAAUUAGGAGAGCCGGUGUCAUCCACUGUUGGGAUAUGGGCAGUAAUGUAGCUUGGGAGAUGGUUGUUUUAGAGGAAGCUUGUAAUAGCAUCAAACAAUCUUGUAAGUUGGAUUUUCUGGGAUUCUACUAGCCCAUUUUUACAGGCUUUGUAGAUCUCUUUUAUGGUUAUCUCUCUCUCAUUAAUUUGAGUUUC